UUAUCCAUCGAUAUGACAGUAUCGAGAUGGACGACCGAAGAUGGCAGGACUUAGAAAUAGACUGCUUGGUGAAAGUGUUCGAGAAAGUUGGAAUGGAGUGGGUGCUUUUGGAUGUCCCUUUUGUGUGCAAGUCAUGGUACAAAGCGACCCUCAAUCCUUCAUGCUGGCAAUGUCUCAUAUUUCCAGACAACGAACGUACUGAGGUUUGGCCUUGGGAUGAUUUUGAAUGUCCUGAUUUUCAAAAUCUUAUGGACAGAAUUGCGAGUGAGUUUCAAAUUGAUGGGGAUCGUUUCUCUGUCACUACUUUUUUAAAGUUUGUGAUCAAUCGGAGCAGCGGAACUGCUGUUCUGCUUAAGCUUCCCAAAUGCUGCACAGUAGAGACCUUUGAAUUUGCUGCAAAUGUGUGUCCUGGCCUUGUGACUUCGGGUUUACCCCUAAGAUUAUUGGAGAGUGAACACACGAACCCAGAGCUGAUUGGCAACUGGAAAAAUUUGGAGGUGGUGUCAUUGGGUUCAAGCCCAAAUUUGGUGAUAAUACUUGCCCUUAUAAAAACACACCGCAAGAAUUUUUACGGUUUAGAUUUGUCCAUGACCUUAAUUCGUGAAAGUGAGGCAUAGGCAAUUGUCAAGUUGGUGCCUGAUAUCAAGUACUUAAACUUGAAAGGUGCAAACAUUAGUCGGGAUAGCCUUGUCACAUUGCUGCACGGCUGCAAAGAUCUUGUCGUGUUGCAUGUCGGGGAUUGUAUUGGUUUUGAUGAGAACGAUGAUGAAAUAUUAAAGUUUGCGUCUCAUAUUAGUAAAUUUACGUGUGGGGGUUCUGUUUUUCCGGAAUUUCUUUGUAGGAGGUUUUCUACAGAUGAUUUGGUUUGUAAAAUAGGUUCAAUCCCCUUCGAUGUUGGCAUGUUCAAUGAAUUUGAAGCUGAUGAGGAAUGAAGAACUAUUUGAUUGUUAUUUU